AUGUCGAAUAAUUACAUAGUAUCGGCACAGAAGCCAACAGUCAUCACUCAUGCGCUUACCGGCAAUUUUUUCGAUAAAAAACAGCUUCAGUUAGUUCUCGCACGAAUUAAUCGGCUUGAAGUAUUAUCGAUUACAGCUGAAGGCUUAAAAUCAUUUAGUGAAAUUCCAGUAUUUGGACGAAUUGCUUUGAUUAAGGAAUUUGAUAGUUUGCUAAUUCUAACAGUGAAAUAUCACCUUGCAAUAAUAUGCUGGGAUGGAAACGGAAAAGUAUCUACGCGAGCAUCUGGUUCAGUUGCAGAUCGUAUCGGUAGGCCAUCAGAAACUGGUGUGAUUGCAAUGAUACAUGCAUCUGGACUUCUUGCCUUUCGUCUUUAUGAUGGCGUAAUCAAAUUGAUACAGUGGUCGGAUGGAAAAGAUUUACGUGGUUUUAAUGUCCGUUGCGAUGAUCUUCAUAUAAUUGACAUCAAUUUUCUUGAUGAUCCUUCUGCUGAAAAACCGACACUUGUAUAUAUUUGUCGUGAUCGAAACGGUUGUCAUCUGAAAACUACAAUGGUUAAUUUAUCAGAAAAAGAACUUCAUGCGCCAACUAUAGUCGCGGAAAAUAUUGAGCACGAGUCUUCGAUAUUAAUUGCUGUUCCUCAACCACUGGGCGGUGUUAUUGUUAUUGGCCGUGAAACUGUAACAUAUUGUAAAAAUAAAGAUGUUUUUGUCGCAAGAGCACCUUUAAUCAAUUAUCAGUCUCAUGCUACUUGUUAUGGCAUAAUUGAUUCCAAUGGUCAACGAUAUUUGGUUGGAGAUCUUUGUGGACGUUUAUUCUUGGUUAAAUUGGAAGUUGCUAUUAAUUUUAGCGGCGUUAAAUAUGUUUGUGAUAUAAAGUUUGAAUUUCUUGGUGAAUGUUCGAUUCCUGAAUGUAUCGUUUAUCUCGAUAAUGGUGUCGCUUUUGUCGGCUCUCGAUUCGGUGAUAGUCAGUUGAUUCGCUUAUCAUGCCAAGCUUUCGAAGAUGGAUCAUUUAUCCAAGUCUUGGAUAGAUUCUCGAAUUUGGCACCUAUUCGCGAUUUAACGGUCCUUAAUGUCAAUGGACAACAACAGAUUAUCACGUGCUCCGGUUGUUUUAAGGAUGGAUCUUUGCGACUCAUUAGAAAUGGGAUUGGUAUAGCAGAACUUGCAUCUAUUGCUCUUCCCGAUAUUCGUGCUCUUUAUACGAUGCGUCUUAAUUCGGAAUUUGAUGACUAUUUGGUUAUUGGUUUUGAUAAUACUACACAUAUGUUGAAAUUUGUUGGGGAAAAUUUGGAAGAUGUUGAUAUACCAGGUUUAUCGAUUUCGGAAAGAACAAUAUGGGCUGGUAAUUUAGAAAGUGGCGGUAUUUUACAAAUCACUAUAUCAGGAAUGUAUAUUGUCAAGAAUGACACAAAUUUCCAGUGGGUUGCACCAUCAAGAAUUUCAGUUGCUUCUGUAAAUCCCUGUAGCGGGCAAGUGGUAAUUGCUUGCCGCAACCUUCUUCAUUAUUUGCAAAUUACGGAUCAUGUUGAAUUAAUUAAGGUGGUAGAAUGCGAUUAUGAAGUUUCUUGCAUUGAUAUCAGUCCUAUAGGUUUGAAUUUAUUCUUACUUUUAUUUUAUAUUCAAAAAAAUAAGGACGAAUUUCUACAUUCAUCUUCUUUAUUGCUAAAUUUAGGAAAGAAAAAUGAAUCUGAAGUUAUUGCCCUAGCCUAUUGGACAGAAAUGUCCGUUGCUUUGAUGACUAUAUCAGAUAUGAAAGAGGUUACGAGACAAAAAGUGGGUGAUGAUAUGUUGGCUCGUUCAAUAUUACUCUGUACAAUGGAAGACAUAGUUUAUUUACUGGUUGGUCUCGGUGAUGGAACUCUUCAUUAUUUCCAAAUUGAUAUGAGUUCUGGUAUUUUGAUUGAACCAAAGAAAGCAACUCUCGGUACCAGACCUUUGAUUUUGCGAAAAUUUAUUUCAAAUGGCAUUCCUAACGUUUUUGCAUGCAGCGAUCGGCCUGCUGUUGUUUUUUCUUCUAAUCAUAAAUUGGUUUUUUCAAAUGUGAAUGUGCGAUUGGUUACUCAUAUGACUCCUUUAAAUGCUGAGUCGUAUGUAGAUUGUACUGCGUUUACCGAUGGCGAAUAUUUGAUCCUCGGAAAAGUUGAUGAUAUCCAGAAACUUCACAUUCGCGCAAUACCUUUGGGAGAAAGCCCUGCUAGAAUAGCAUCUCAACCUGAAACCGGAACUCUCGCUAUAUUAACACAUAGAAAUGAGUACAUGGAUAAAACGGGAGUUCGAUGUGGUGGAAAUUGUGCAUCAAAAUCAGCUGCAAAUAUAUCGAGCAGUCAACAUUCUGCAUCAAGACCUGACUCAAAACAGGCAACAGAAUGGGAAGUAAGUUCAGUUUUAUUAAUGGACGCAAAUACGUUUGAGAUUUUGCAUUGUCAUGAAGUCGGAAAAAAUGAGGUUGUAAUGUCUCUUAGAAGUUGUGAACUUGGUGGUCAAGAGAAAAGAAGUUAUUACGCGGUCGGCACUGCGCUGAUCUAUGAUGAUGAAACAGAGGCUAAAUUGGGUCGAAUUUUAAUAUUUGAAGUAAGUUCGAUUAAUGAAGGACGACAUAUGCGUUUAGUCCAUGAAAAGGAAGUUAAAGGAGCUGUUUAUAAUAUCCAAUCACUUGAUGGCAAACUUGUCGCAGCCGUUAAUAGUUGUGUUCGGCUAUUUGAGUGGACGGCAGAUAAAGAACUACGCCUUGAAUGUUCUGAUUUCGACAAUGUUGUUGCCCUUUAUUUAAGUACAAAAAAUAAUUAUGUUUUAGUUGGUGAUCUUAUGCGUUCACUGUCAUUACUUUAUUAUAAACCAAUGGAAGGGACAUUUGAGAAAGUAGCUAGAGAUUUCGUAACAAACUGGAUGACGGCAUGUGAGAUUGUUGAAAAAAAUGCGUUUCUUGGUGCUGAAAAUUCUUACAAUUUAUUCACCGUUAAACAUGAUAAUUCAGCCACAACUGUGGAAGAGCAAAUGCGAUUAACCGAAGUAGGACUCUACCAUUUAGGAGAACUGGUCAAUGUAUUUCGUCAUGGUUCCAUUGUGGCUUCACAUAUCGAUACGAUGCCACCAUAUACUACUCCAAUUUUAUACGGCACAAAUGACGGCGGACUUGGUUUAAUCGUGCAAUUGUCGGAUUCAUUUUUUAAAUUUUUAUCAGAUUUGCAAAAACAAUUGGUUGGUGCAGUUGAAAAUUGUUUGCGAAUCAGCCACACACAGUAUCGCUUAUUUGAAACAGAAAAACGUGCUGAACCCCCAAUUGGUUUUAUUGAUGGUGAUCUUAUUGAAACAAUUUUGGAUUUAAGUCGCGAAAAAAUUCAAGAAAUAAUUCAGGACUUAAAGCUUUGGACAGAUAAUCAAGGGGAAGAACCAAAAACAGCUUCCGUAGAUGAUAUUCUCAAAAUUGUGGAAGAUUUAUCUAGAAUUCAUUAA